AUGGAAGAUAUAGAAAUGGAAGAUGUGGAAGAAACAAAAGAUAUGGAAGAUCCUGAAGGUGUAGAAGGCAUUGAAUGUAUAAAAAGCAUUAAAGGCGUAAAAGGCGUUGAAUAUGUAGAAGGCAUUGAAGGUGUAGAAGAUAUUGAAGACAUAGUAAAUACAGGAAGUGUAGAAAAUGAGAUCACCAGUACUAGUAAAAUACCUAUAAAAAUCUUACCUAGAGCGAAAAAUAGAUGUGAUCAAAAAUAUGGUCCCACUACAAGUACUGGAAACUUAAAUAAUCAUCUUAAAAAUAAACAUAAUAUUACACUUUCUUUAAAAAAGAACCGUUUACAGUUAACUGAAAGACCAUAUGGAAAAGGAGAUAUCGAACGUAAAAAAGAGUGUUUUGAUUCUAUCUUUAAUCUUAUAAUUGGCGACCAACUUCCAUUCUCGUUUAUUGAGCACCCUUUGGUUAUUAAAAUGUUAAAUAUAUAUGAUCCAAGAUAUGUGUUACUGUCUCGUAAAUACUUAACGAAAGUAACCAUAUCUAGUAAGCUAAUACUUGAUGUAGCUACACAAUGGAAUAGCACUUAUCGUAUGCUUUGCCGAUUCAAAGAAAUGCAAGAUGAACUUACUCUUCUUAAAACUGCAUAUCAGGAACUUGAAAGCAGUUACCCUAACAAAGAGGAAUGGAAAAGCAUUGACAUUAUGAUCUAUUUACUAGAGCCAAUGCUUGAUGCAAAUGAAAUGCUCUCGAAGAGUUCGUAUCCAACUAUUUCUGAUAUUCGUUUGACUUUUAUGGGUAUUAUGCAACGUAUCAACCACUUUACAACUGAUAAAUCAUGUUCAAAAGAGGAAUGCACAAUGGCAAGCUCUAUUAAUAACACAUUAAAAAAAUAUUGGGCUAUUCAUGACUGUGAUGAAUCAGCAAAAAUAGCUACAAUUCUUGAUCCAACAUCUAAAUUGAUCACAUUUCCACUUCUUAAUGAGAGAGAUAUCGCUAUUGCCAGUCUGCGAAAUGUAAUAGCUCAGUAUGAAUCACCAGUAUUAGCGACAAAUGCUGCUUCUACAUCAUCAUUUUAUGAUAAAAGAAAAAAAUUUAUAUCAUUAAUAUCGCAACAACAAACUAUUGAGCUUCCUAGAAUCGGAUUACCAGUGUCAAAAGAGUUGAAAACAUAUUUGUCUUUACCAAUAGUUGAAAGUGACUCUCUUCAGUGGUGGGCUGAUAACAAGUGCAGGUUUCCAGUACUUGCAAAAAUAGCACAAGAUUACCUUGCAAUCCAAGGAACAUGUGUUCCUUGUGAAGAAGCGUUUUCCACUGCAUCAAUAACAAUUUCAAAGCUUCGUAAUCAUCUCAACCCCGAAACUGCUCAUGCAUCGCUCUGUUUAAAAAGUUGA